UGUUUCCUCGUCAAAAGAUUUGAACGCUCGGCGAAGUGACCAUACUACCUGAAUGUGUAUUUACACUUUCAUCAGAUUCGUUUGGCUCCCUAUCCUCACUAAAAAACCAUGAUUUGAAAUCUGAAUUGAUGCUUGAACCUGAAGUGUAGGAUUGGUUGGCAAUAUUCAGAUAUUGGAUAUUGAGGAUAUCUCCUCGAAGGUCAUACUACGCGGGAGAGUACUUUCGAUUGCAAGGCGAUCCAUCUAAAUGGUGAUAUAUGGAUGGAGAAAGUGUGCGCAGUGGACGAAGUGAAAAAAGUGACCGUUCUCGUCGGUCAAAACGCAUUCAGCGGACGAGUAAUGUCACCUCCACUCAACCCGCGUGUAUGUUCCAAGGACAAGUAAAGAGUGUGUUAGCUUCUCAUAAUCAACCACUAGCUAUUGGCCAGAGCAUGCAAAAUGUGGAUACAGUUGUCCGUCAAUCUCAAUGCAAUUUAAUGCCAAUUGUCCCACAGCCUCAUAUGAGCAUGUUUCCGCAGCAACCAAUAGGAAUGCAACAGCCUAAUUCUCAUCCUUAUACAUUAGAAACAUGGAUUCCCCCUUUAAUGCCGAUGAACCCCAAUUUCUCCUCUUGUUCUCAGCCAAGCAUGUACAUCCCUAACGCUCAGAGUUGGACCGAUCAAUCUGUACAGCAGGUAUAUGCCCAACAAAUAAUUCAUCCGUCUAUGCCUUCUCCAUUCACCCGACCCCCAAUUUGUGCAGGAGCACAAUCAAAUCAACUUCAGUCACAACAACAGCAGGUCGGUUCUUUCAUACCUCCUGGACAACAGCAUCCUUUAGCACAUACUGCUGCAUCCCAUGUUUCGCCUUCCCAGAUACCUUCUCAACCAUCAUCACAAGUUCCAGAACCAUACCGGUCUGAGCGUUUUGACCCACAACUUACGAACCAAGAUGAAAAUGCUUGGGUUGAAGAGGCUACUGCUGUCACUGGCGCUACAAGUGAGACUGGACUCAGUGGUGACAAUUUCUCACGAUUUGGAGCACGUUACGGCCUAGCAACCUCACUAGGUAUACAUGCCAAUGGUGGUACCGGCUGUAAUAUUAGCGGUGCUGCAGCUGCUUUAAUACGAUCCGAAGCGGAUGAAAUAAAAAUAUUCAAAUGCUCACAUACAUUAAGUUUUGCCAUUUCUGCAUUUCUGGCAAUUGGUUCAUUACUGUCUCCAGUUCUAAUGCUUUUACUCCCACUUUUUCCGUUUUGGAUUGGAUGGUCGACCGAAGGGUGUGAACCAACUUGUGAAGGACAUCUCAUCAGUAUAUGUGUAAAACUUGUACUUCUCGCUAUCGCGCUGUGGUUUUUAAGUUCCCCUUGUCGACCAUUUUGUGGCAGUGCUACUGCCAUACUUCCACGUAUCCGUCUUUGUCGAACUCUUUUUCUUUGUCUUGUGUUAGUUGUUCUGUUUGCAUUUUGGUUGUUUUAUACUGUUCGUGUUAUACAGCCAAAGGAAUCUGAUUAUCUUUCCAUAGUAGUUUUUGCCGGCAGUUUGACAGAUACUUUACUCUUUUUACAUUAUGCCGUUAUCGCCCUUAUGGAACUACGUAGAAUCCGAUUUCAGUACGUCAUACACAUUGUACGUUCUCCAGAUGGAAUGUCAAGAACUUUAAAGUGUGGAGAGAUGUCGUUGCAGCGGGCGGCCAUAGAAGUUUUGCAGUUCUACAUGGUAGAAUUCACAGCUUACAACCCAAAUCAAAACUCAUCUUUCAACAGCGGGGGUGGAGGUAAACGUAAUCGUCGCGGUGGUUCUGCUUCUGGUAGUGGGAAUGGCGGUGGGUCCAAGUAUAAAUUUUACGAUGUAGAUAGUGGUGGGGCUGGUCUAGGUAAAUCAGAAAAUGGUGUUACGUAUACUGUUGAGCAGUCUGGUGCUAUUACUGCCCCUAGUGCUUCAGUUCGUUUGUAUGAGGAAAUUGAGUUGGAAAAAAGGAUACGUAAACGGCGCAUGAGACUACUUUUGGCAGUUGAGGAGGCUUUUACUCAUGUUAAGCGCCUUGCUGCUGAAAACUGCAAUAAUGAGGGGACUGUUGGUGUUGUUGAGUGUGAUCAAACCUUGGUACCUUUCAAAAACAAUCGAAGUAAUGGGAGGAUGUCAAAGCUUACUUGCUCUCCAGGAAAAUCUUUGGAUCCGUACGAAGCAGCACAAGCUGUUUUCCCAACUCUCAUCAGGCCGUUACAAAAGUAUAUGCGUGUUACACGUCAACAAGCUCGUCACCCUGUGGAUAUGGUAAUUGAUCAUCUUGCUCUUUGUUUAGCUUAUGGCCUGUCACCUCACGCUUUCUUGGAAAGAUUUAAUCCUUCGGCUGCUACACCACAACAAGACGCAGCCGCAGCUGCAGCAGCCAUUGCAACAGUGAAGAGAGCCAAGUAUCAACAGAAUAUCAAGCAAGUUAACACUUCAGACAAUCUAGAUCCAUAUCCUCUACUUCCUAAAUUAGUGCAUCCAGGCGGACAGCAGGUAUGGAGUAUUGUGGCUGAUCGGGCUCUGUCUCGUAGUUUAGCGGAUGGUGCCAUAUUUCAGCUUCGUCGUGGAAAUGAGCUGUCGUUGCUUUGUACUGUUAGACGCCUGCCGCUUAUCUAUCUUAUCGAAGAAAUAUUAGAACCCUUGGAAGCAGGUAGAUUUGUCUUACGAACUGAUAAUGCAGUAUGACUUUCUAAUGGACUUCUACAAUGUUCAGGGAAUGUGAUCUCAUCCAUCUCAUUUGCUUUUUUAACCCAAUUUCGGUUUGCAUUUCUAAAUAUGCACCGGUAUUGACCAAUAUGCUGAUUACAUUGCUCGAUCCAGUUUUAUCCAUUCGUCAAUUUUUGCAUUUAUAUGAAGUUCAGAAUUCGUUUGCUUUUCACACAAGUUAUUGUUUUUGGUCAGUCUAACAUUAUUGUUUGUAUUGCAUUUGAUUUUUUUGUUUUUGCUUUGUGUUUUAUGGAGCUGCUUUAUGUACGUUCAUCUUUUGAAGUUUACAGGUGCUUUUAUUUAUUUUCGAUGAUUAACUACUAGUCAUUAUAAUAAUUGUUAUGAAUCGGUUUAAAAAUCGUUGUCACAAGUUAUUAUUAACAACAGUAAUUUUGCUGUGCUGUUAAUUUUCUUUUUCUUGCAUUUCAAGCUUCCACUUGUCAUUUCCUAAGGAAUCAUGUAUUAAGUUUACUUCUAGCUUUAUUAUAAUUACUAUUCCCGUGUACCGGUUUAAUCGAUGUUAUUACCGGUUAAUGUCAAUAAUCUUGUUUCUUCAGUGGAUUUCGAUCUUUUGCUCAUCGAGUUUUUAUAAAAUGUAGCUGAGUAUAAAUGAUUUAGAGUUAAUAUUCUUUAAGAUAUUUACUUGAAUCGCGCUUAAGGUGUCUAUAGUAUUCCAGUUUUUAUGACUUAACAUUGAAGGCGUAAUGUAUGCACAAACGUACAUAGAACAUGGAUAUAGAUACCUAUGGAUAAUAAGGAUUAUGUCAUCCUCGUCAAAAAUAAUGUAGAAAUUAUUGUUUCUGAUUAGCUUUUACAUAUUUAAUACUUGUUGUAGAACAUACUAAGUAAAUACUCCAAGGAGUAGAGUGAGUCGACAGUAUGUCUCACCGGUUACUUUGAACUUAUUCAUCAUUCUGUGAAUGCUGAAAAUGCCACUAGAGAUAAUUUAUGUAAUCCCACCGUAAACGAUACACAUAUUCGAAUUAUCGCGUAGAUAAAUUCAAUAAUUCGAUCUCCAUUUACGGUAGUAGUUAUCUGAUGUAUUGAACAAAACAGAAGUAACCAAAUUAGGUCCUCAAUAACACUCUGAAAUGACUUGAAGGGCAAAUUAAUAUGAUUGGCUAGGAAAUUAAUUGAUUUUCUAAGGGGUAGUAAUGUAUCUAAAUAAAUGAGUGUUUAUGCAUUUUAUUCAGUAGCCCAGUAGGCUUUUUCUUACGCUCUUGUCUUCUCGCUCAAGUAGUCAGUUCUGGCGAUUAGCGCGAAGACACCGCCCAUCAUAACGUUGUUCGUAAGAUUAAUAUGCAAACAUUUUUAGUUCGAUUCAAAUGCAAUUUCUUUCUAACUAGGAUACAAAGUACUUGAUUCAGAUAUAUAGAUUCAUUAAAAUCGGAGCUUAUGGAAACAAUAAAAGACAAACAUCAUAGUUUAAGAUUCUCGUCACAUCCCAUGUGUAGAGAAUAUGUGUGUAGUGCUUUACAUCUUAGAGCUUGUUUAUAUGUAUGCAUACGAAAAACUACGCACUGCUGUAAAAGGAGCGUUUUCUUAAUCCAAUCUGUUGUGAGAACUGGAAUUUGAUGAUGAUACACAUUUAUAGUAAAGGCAUGCAAUCUGACUAUAAGAUUUUAAACUGAAUUUAAAUGUUUGGUUGUUGUAAGGAACGUGUUACAUCUUCGUAAAUGAGUUUCAAACCUGGUGCUGCUUUGGAAAUAACUAAAAGUAGCUAUAUGAAUAACUCAGUUUCCUUUGUUUGUGGUUUUGUUCUGAACAAUUUCAAAUUAAUUUACAGUUGGCCGUAUAAUUUUAAUGAGAAUAAACUAGUAAAUACACAGAACAAUCAAAAUUAUAUUAUAGGAAUAUAUUUAUAAGGAAAAACGUAGUUCAGUCAUUAUUGGUCAUUAAAAGUAUCAAAAGCUAGGUAUCUGUCACGGUUUAUGACUGAAACCUUAAUUGACUGGCAGAUAUUAACUGUUUCAUUGUCUU